AUUGUCUGGGGGGGGGGGUCUCGAAUCAAAUCGAAUUUACUUGCUCGCUCUCUCAGCUCUUGGCCCGCAAAUUACUCAAUAAUUUUGAAGGAACUGGAAUUGGUAAGCCAACUUGUGCCCUCCGUGCGUUACACUGUGGAAUUUUGGCAAGUUCGAACGUUUUUUGAGCGCUCUUAAGGCUUUUUCCUUUUUAUCUAAUUUUUGUUGUUUUCAGUUUUUUGGCCGAUUUUUGUGUCUGUUUGUCGAAACAGAAGCGACGAUUCUGCUGUUGCCCUGCUCGUUUUGGGUCGCUCUUUCUCCUGCUGCCCCUCCGCUUUCCACUUAUUUAUCGCGCGACUCGCUUUCAUCGUCGUUCCUUGUUUUUGUAUACAUGGUGGCCACUCGGAGUUGCCACUCGGUUUUAUCAGCGGGCGAUAUCACGGCAAACGCUGGCCAAAUGCGUGCUCCUUUGGCCAACUCCACUGCGGCCUGGUUUUCAACCGAACAGCUAGGUUUAAAUGCCCGAAAUGGAGAUGUCAGAAUACCUACGCAAAUACUUGGAGGACGAAGAUGAAAGCAUUCGCGCUCUUUGCAAUGAUCCCGACUGUAAUGCCAAACGGAUAAUGUGGAUGCACAACAAGACGCGAAUAACCGAGCAGGACCUCGCACGGGAAUACAGCGCGGAGGAGGUUCGCGAGCUGUGCCUGAAGACCAAGCUAAAAGUUAAGAUGACACUGUACAAUUGCCUCUGGGAUGCAAAGAAGCGUUUCGAUGCCAAAAAACGUCUGGAAAACAAGCCCGACAAGUUUAUCAACGGCAUGUACUUGAAAGCGGUGCGAAAGAAGAUGGUUCAACCGUAUCCGGAGGAUUUUAUCGCAAACCAAAGAGACGUGGCUAGAGCUCAGACCAAAAAGCUCAACAAUCACAGGCUGGACAGAUGGCAUGGCAAGAAGAGUAGUAUGGAAUCCGCUCCAGACUGGGAGUCCCUAGAGGAUCUAGAUGGCCCAGAAAUUCGGGAAUCCGAGGACACCUUUGGUUCGACCUUCGACUCGGACGACAAGGAGGAAGAAUCGCAGAAGGCUUCAAUUACAGAGCCUCCGAUUAAAGAUGUUUUAGAAGAUCAAAAGGUGGCGCUUGUCCAAGAAGAUGAAGAGGAAGACCUUGAGAAGGCGCUUGAGUUGUCCUCGGAAUCAGAACUGAGUGGCAUUGGGGAUCAGCACGAGGACCUGCCGCAGCAGCAAGCUUGCCAGCCUCAAAACGUCGACUGCCCAGCUACACAGAUGGAGGAAAGCUGGGUACGUUAUGGCGCUCAAAUAAAUUCGGAAAGCAUGUCGAUUGGCGAGUCAAUUGACCUGGAGGACUAUCCAAGCACUCAAAACUCAGAGCCGGACUACCUAACGUUCAACACCCAGGUAACCGCAUCCACCCAGGAGUCCGCCAAAUAGGAUAUAAGUUCAAUGUUUAAAAUCCUAGUUUUGCAUUUAUUGAUUUUGUUAACCUUACUAAGUUUCUAAGUAUAGUGACCGUAGAAAACGUGUUAAAAACAUUGAAUUCCUAAAAAGUUUGUAAAAACUAAUAAUAAAAUCUUAGUAAAAUAA